AUGGUCGGUCUCCCUAGCGCACACAGCCGACUUUCUCCAAAUUUCAAUUCUUGCGAACUUUUCCUCGACCAAGCAACUCGACAACGACAUCGACAACCGACCGCCACGAUGCCUUCCUCAAGCGUCCCCACCAACGACCAGAUUCUCGUCCCAGAGACCCUUCUCAAGAAGCGCAAGUCCCAGGAAAAGGCCCGCGAGGAGCGCACUGCUGAGCUCGAGAAGAAGAAGAAUGCCCAGAAGGAGAAGCGUGGUGUCAUCUUCAAGCGUGCCGAGAAGUACGUCAAGGAGUACCGUGACCAAGAGCGUGAGAAGAUCCGUCUUCAACGUUUGGCCAAGCAGGAGGGUACAUUCUAUAUCCCUGCUGAGGACAAGUUGGUCUUCGUUGUCCGUAUCAAGGGUAUCAACAAGAUCGCACCAAAGCCCCGCAAGAUCCUCCAACUUCUCCGUCUUCUCCAGAUCAACAAUGGUGUCUUUGUUCGCAUGACUAAGGCCACUCUUGAGAUGUUGAAGGUUGUCGAGCCAUGGAUCGCCUAUGGUUACCCCAACUUGAAGACUGUCCGUGAGCUCAUCUACAAGCGUGGAUACGGAAAGGUCAACAAGCAGCGCAUUGCUCUGACCGACAACUCCAUCAUCGAGACCAACCUGGGCAAGUACGGCAUCGUCUGCAUGGAGGACUUGAUCCACGAGAUCUUUACCGUCGGCCCCAACUUCAAGCAAGCCGCCAACUUCCUCUGGCCAUUCAAGCUCAGCAACCCAACUGGUGGAUUCCGCACUCGCAAGUUCAGACAUUUCGUGGAGGGGGGAGAUCUUGGAAACAGAGAGGAGAAAAUUAAUUCUCUUGUUCGCCAGAUGAAUUAG